GAGAGAGAGAGAUAGAUAGAUAAGGUUGGGGCUUCACUGCCAAUGUAUAUUUAGACCUCCUUGACUGAAAAAGGACGCCACGACAGUCGAUUUUGUUCGAGAAACAGUAAGACUACGUACGACUUUACAACCGUGUUUAAAAACAAGCGUUUGCAAUGCACGUAUUUUCGAUAGCGUCGUGUAAAACACAUUUAUCGCAUUAAAAACGCCUAUUUCUCCCUCAGGUUUUAAACACCUGCGUAUCGAAUGGCCGUGUUGUAAAAAUAUCGUUCAAAUUCUAGUGACGCCAUUUUUUCAUUUAUUUAUUUAUUGAACUGUUUUUUUUUUUAUUAUUUAAACAUUCUCACAGUUUAAUGUUUAAUUGUUUAUCUAUUUAUGUAUAUUUUUUUGGGGGGCGGGGAGGACCAAAAAAAGGCGAUGUCGUUUCAAGACGGGAACUCUGUGCUAAAUCUAGGCAUUGUAGAUCAUGAGGGAACGUUAUGACAUCAACUCGGACUGUUAAUUUAACGACAAACCGGUCUGAUUAAAUACAAAAGGAGAGAGAGAGAGAGAGAGAGAAAUAAAACCGCCGUGACGCGCUUAUACAGCACCGGACAGCUCUCCCAGAUUUUAAACAAGAAAAUCAAUUUAACAAAUCGAAGAAAGAAAGAAAGAAAGAAAGAAAGAAAGAAAGAAAGAAAGAGCUAAAUAGCUAUCAAAAAUAAAUCAAUUCAACCAAUCACAAUGGCUCUGGAGAUUUUGACUUUCACGGCCAUGCCUGAAGCCACGCCCACACCCGCUCCGGAGGAGGAGGAGGAGGCGGGGCUUGUGCAGAAGGACUUGCCUGGAGCGGACAGCCCGGUGGGCGUGGCUACAGAGCCGGUGGGCGUGGCCGGCGAUCCUGGAGACGUGUUCUCCUCGGACAGCCCCCAGAAACCGUCCAAUAACAGCCGGUCAUUUCAGUCCAAGCUGGCUGCCAGGGAGUUGGAGGCGGCGGCCAGACCGAGCAGAGAGAAGGUGGGGGCGGGGCAAGGGGUGGAGAGGCGGCGCUGCGGGCUGGGCCGCAGUAAGAAACGCAGGCAGCGCUACGUGGAGAAGAACGGACGCUGCAACGUGCAGCACGGCAACGUGGGGGAGACGUACCGCUACCUCACCGACAUCUUCACCACCCUGGUGGACCUCAAGUGGCGCAGCUCCCUCUUUGUCUUUGUCAUGGCCUACGCUGUCACCUGGCUCUUCUUUGGCGCCAUCUGGUGGCUCAUCGCGUACUGCAGAGGCGAUCUGGAUCACUUAGAGGACGAGAGCUGGACGCCCUGCGUCAACAACGUGAACGGCUUUGUCUCGGCUUUCCUCUUCUCCAUCGAGACGGAGACCACCAUUGGCUACGGCUACAGGGUCAUCACUGACCAGUGUCCAGAGGGGACCGUCCUGCUGCUGCUGCAGGCCAUCCUGGGCUCCAUGGUCAACGCCUUCAUGGUCGGGUGCAUGUUUGUGAAGAUCUCUCAGCCCAACAAGCGGGCGGAGACGCUGGUGUUCUCCAAGCACGCGGUCAUCUCCCUGAGAGACGACAAGCUGUGCCUGAUGUUCAGAGUGGGGGACCUGCGCAGCUCCCACAUCGUCGGAGCCAACAUCCGAGCCAAGCUCAUCAAGUCCAAACAGACGCAGGAAGGAGAGUUCAUUCCUCUUGACCAAACGGAUAUGAGUGUGGGGUUCGAGACCGGCGAUGACCGUCUCUUUCUGGUCUCCCCGCUGGUCAUCUCCCACGAGAUCGACUCGCGAUCGCCCUUCUGGGACGUCUCCCAGGCUCAGCUGGAGAAAGAUGACUUUGAGAUCGUGGUGAUACUGGAGGGGAUGGUGGAGGCCACUGGAAUGACUUGCCAAGCUCGGAGCUCCUAUCUCGUUGAAGAGGUCAUGUGGGGUCACCGCUUCAGUCCCAUGAUGUCAUUGGCCGAGGGAUUCUUCGACGUCGACUACGGGGCGUUCCACCACGCCUUCGAGGUGGCCACGCCCACCUGCUCCGCCCGCGAGCUCUCAUUGGCCGCCGCCCGCCACGAAGCCCACCUCUAUUGGUCCAUCUCCAGCCAAUUGGACGAGCAGAAGGCCUGUGAGGGGCCCGCAGGCCAGAAUCUGAUUGGAAACUCCACUGUGAACAAUUCAGUCAAUGGGAAGAAGGGGGUGGGGCUGGGGGUUGGGGGCGGGGCUAACGAUAAGGAGGAGCCAACGGGAGGAGGAGGGGAGAGGAAUGGAAAUGUGGCGACGGACCAAUCAGAAGCUUAGAAGGAGGGAAGGGGAGAGUAAAGAGAGAGGGGGCUGAUGGGAAUGGGAAGGGGUGUAGGUGGUUUGAGAAAGAAAUUUUUAUAUAGAAGUGGCUAGGAAACUACCGCCAUUGUGGCUCAAUAUAUGGUCAGGCGGUCCAGCAAACGAUAGAGAACCCUGGAUCUAAAAUGUCGGAUCCUGUGAUGCAGUUUCAUUAGUGUAGAUCGAGAGAGAGAGAGAGAGAUAGAAAAAGCAACUCAUUUAUAUUUGAGCACGGUUUUGAAGUGAGUUGGCCAAUACACUUUCAUAACGCUAAUAGAACUCAGUCUGCAUAUUUAUCAGGCGCGUUUGUGAUAUUUUAGGGGAGGAGGAGCAUAUGCAGGAAAUGUAAGCACAAAACACAAAAUAAAACUAAUAUAUUAAACAAUGGAUAUUAAAUUGUCAGGGGUGACGUGAAUCUAUUCUCUCUCUCCCUCUCCUUUCCCCUCUCCCACUCUCCUUCCCCCUCUCUCUCUCCCUCCUUCCCCCUCUCUCUCCCUCCUUCCCCCUCUCUCUCCCCUCUUCCCCUCCUCCUCCCCCUCUCUCUCUAUCUCUCUCUCCCUCUCUCUCUUUCCCUCUCUCUCUCCCCUCCCCUCUUCCCUUCCUCCUCCCCUCUCUCCCUCUGUCUCUCUCUCUCUCCUCCCCUCCUCCCCUCUCUCCCUCUGUCUCUCUCUCUCCCCUCUUCCCCUCCUCCUCCUCUCUCUCUCUCCCCUCUUCCCCUCCUCCUCCCCCCUCUCCCUCUCUCUCUAUUUCUCUCUCUCUCCCCUCCCCUCUUCCCCUCCUCCUCCCCUCUCUCCCUCUCUCUCUCCCCUCUUCCCCUCCUCCUCCCCUCUCUCCCUCUGUCUCUCUCUCUCUCUCUCUAUAUAUAUAUAUAUAUAUAUAUAUAUAUAUAAUGUUGCCUUGGAUAAAGGCAUCUGCCAAAUAAACAGUAAAUAACUGUGUGUAAGUUCAAAAUAGGAUUUAUAAUCAAUCUUAUAUUUAAUCUUAUUACUGCAAUAAUGUCAAAAAUAAAAUGUAUUAAAUAUUCACAUCGAAGCACAGAGAAAACCGUGGAUGCAAAGUUUACGCCCACUCGUCACCUGAUUGGUCGGUAUUUGUGACGGACACUUGAUAAGAACUAGCCUGUCUAUGAAAGGUAAAUUCACAACAUGUAUUACAUACGGGGACCCAGGUGGUUUGAGAUAAAAGGUUUGAGAAGGUUUGUAUUAAAAUGUUACAGUUUAAUUCAUGUUUAGAAACCACAGAAUAUACUCGAAUACUCUGUUGCGAAUUUUUAGCUUAUCCCCGCCCCCCGAGAAUGAAUUUAUUUUUAACGUUGCUGUAAAUAGUGUUCAAAAUUAAAUAAAAAAACACAAAGAAAUAUAUGAAUAAUAAUAUAUUUAAAUGUCGCAAUAAAAUAUUCAGCUUGAAAAAAAA